AUGAAGCAAGUCCUUCGAUGUCUUAGUAGUGGAAAAAGGCUCCUUAAACCCGGUGGUGACUCCAAGCAACUUGGUCGGUUCAGCAAUAAUCUUUCUGCCGGAGUUGUAGGGUUGGCUAACGUUGGUAAGUCUACAUUCUUUCAAGCUAUCACCAAAUCUCAAUUAGGAAACCCUGCUAAUUAUCCGUUUGCCACUAUUGAACCAUGUGAAGCAUUGGUUACUGUUCCUUCAGCCAAAUUAGAUCAUUUGGCCCGUUUGUACGGCAGUGGGAAAACUGUACCUACGACAUUGAAGAUCCACGAUAUUGCAGGUCUUGUUAGAAACGCCAGUAGUGGAGCGGGACUUGGAAACAAAUUUUUGAAUGAUAUUCGACAAGUAGAUGGGAUCUUCCAAAUAGUUAGAGGCUUUGUUGAUGAUGAAAUUGUUCACGUUGAGAAUAACUUGGUUGAUCCAUUGCGAGAUUUGAUGAUUGUGGGAGAUGAGCUUAUAUUGAAGGACUUGGAGUUUGUGGAAUCAGGUUUAGAAUUGAAACAAAAGGAUUUGAAAAGACCUCAUAUCGAUAAGAUCAAAUUACAAUUGGAAUUGGACACUUUAAAUAAGUUACUGGAUACCUUAUAUGAAGGUAGGAAGAUAUCCUCAGGUGAAUGGGAUGAUGAAGAAAUAGAUAUCAUCAACUCAUACAACUUUUUAACUGCUAAACCUUCGGUGUAUUUAUUAAACGUUAGUGAAUCUGAAUAUGUCUCCGGUAAGAAUCAAUAUAAGGAAAAAGUUCAACUGUGGAUCAAUGAAAACUGUCCUGGAGAUCAAUUGCUUAUGUUUCUGGCUGCCUUUGAGUCCAAGUAUAAUGAAUUGGAGUCUUCACCAAAGGAAUUGGCUGAAUAUUUAAGUGGCUUUGAGGGUCAAGGUCCUAAUACUUGCAGUGCUCUUCCUACUAUUGUUGAAUCUAUGCGAGAAGCUUUAAACCUCAUAUCAUUCUACACCUGCGGACCAAAGGAAGCCCAUCAAUGGACUACUAGAAAUGGCUGGACAGCCCCUAAAGCUGCUGGGGUUAUUCAUACGGACUUUGAAAAGUCGUUCAUCUCUGCUCAAGUCUACAAAUACAGCGAUUUGCAGACAUUGGAGCCUCCAUUUGAUGAGGCUUCGUUGAAAAGUAAAGGUAAACAGUAUAGACAGGGAAAGAACUACAUUGUGGAAGAUGGUGAUGUUCUUCUCAUUAAGGCGGUGGGAGGUAAAGCCCGUUAA